AAAAAACACGGGACAGAUAAGAGCAGUGGCUUGGGGUUUGAAGGAGCUGAGCGGCGCGAGGAAGAGCGAGCGAGCCGAGCGGAGCGGAGUGAGAGAGCGAAUUAGGGUUUUGGUAAUCGGAAUCAAGAAGGAAGAAUCAUCGUGUGUGAGCGAUUCAUUUAUAGAGAGAGGUGUGGUGAGAUCGCGAGAGCGAGUUGAGUGUAUAUCCAACGAUUUCCACUCUCCGCUAAUCAAUUUGUCAGACAAGUUUUUGUUACCAUGUCGGAGAGGAAGCUUGUGGUUUUAGGCAUCCCAUGGGACGUGGAUACAGAAGGUCUAAGGGAAUAUAUGAUCAAAUAUGGAGACUUGGAGGACUGUAUUGUGAUGAAGGAACGUGCUACUGGUCGUUCUCGUGGAUUCGGCUAUGUCACAUUUGCUACAGUUGAGGAUGCUAAGAAUGCAUUGUCUAAGGAGCACUUUCUUGGAAACAGAAUGCUAGAAGUGAAAGUGGCGACACCGAAGGAGGAGAUGAGGGCUCCUGCAAAGAAAGUGACCAGGAUUUUCGUUGCUAGGAUUCCUCCGUCUGUGUCUGAAGCUACUUUCAGAGGUUAUUUUGAGAAGUACGGUGAAAUAACAGAUCUAUACAUGCCAAAGGAUCCAUCUACCAAGGGACAUCGUGGAAUUGGGUUUAUUACUUUUGCAAAUGCUGAAUCAGUUGAUGAUCUGAUGAGUGACACCCACGAACUGGGAGGUUCCACAAUUGUGGUUGACCGAGCAACACCCAAGGCAAAAGAUUUCAGACCUGUUAGUCGGAUGUCUCAGGGUGGAGGAGGAUAUGGUGCAUAUAAUGCCUAUAUGAGUGCAACUACUAGAUAUGGUGCGCUUGGUGCUCCCACCUUAUAUGAUCAUCCUAGUUCUAUGUAUGGAAGAGGAGGAGGAGGAGGAGGAGGUGGAGGAUUUCCAUCUCGUGGCGGCAUGGGCCAGAAGAUCUUUGUUGGUCGACUACCUCAAGAGGCAACAACUGAAGAUCUUCGCCAGUAUUUUGGUAGAUUUGGCCGUGUUUUAGAUGUAUAUGUCCCAAAGGAUCCAAGAAGACCAGGGCACAGAGGGUUCGGUUUUGUCACAUUUGCUGAUGAUGGUGUUGCAGAUCGUGUUUCUCGAAGGCCUCAUGAGAUAUGUGGACAACAGGUUGCAAUCGAUUCUGCUACUCCCCUUGAUGAUGCUGGUCCAAGUAAUAAUUACAUGAUGGAUCCUCCUCCUCCUGCUCCUGAAGCAUAUGGGGGAUAUGGUGGUCCUAUGCGUACUUAUGGAAGGAUGUAUGGGGGCCUAGAUUAUGAUGAUUGGGGUUACGGCCUGGGUGGUGGGAGACCUUCAAGAUCAGAUAUGAGAUACAGGCCCUACUAGCUGGCCUGGUUGGAUAGGAGGCGUUCAAGAUCAGAUAUGAGAUUCAGGCCCUAGUAGCUUUGUGUUGCAGGAGGUCAAAGGCUGUCUGAAUUUCCAAUGGGUGACAACAUAGAUGUCAUACUUAUGUCAGCUUAU